AAUGGUUAUGACUAAUACAUCACCCCCAAAUAUGCCGUACUCCAUUGUUUACAAGCAUCCUGUGGGCUCGCACCAGAGGUCUGCGGAAUUUCCUCUUUUAUAGGUCUAUUCGAAAAGCCUAAGGACCAUGGGACGCCGCAAGUCAAAGAGGAAGCCUCCCCCCAAAAGGAAGAAUAUUGAACCUUUAGACACACAGUUCAAUUGCCCAUUUUGUAACCACGAGAAAUCUUGUGAGGUUAAAAUGGACAAACCACGAAAUGCUGGCAGGGUGUCAUGCCGUGUUUGUCUGGAGGACUUCCAGUGUACUAUUAAUUAUCUCUCUGAAGCUGUUGAUGUCUACAAUGAAUGGAUUGAUGCUUGUGAAUCUGCCAACUGAUGAACCUACUUUGAAAAUUUUGGGAAACAUUCACCCUUUACAUUUGAUGUUCCUCAAGCAGAAAUAGUUUAAACUAUGUCAUUUAUCACAUGUAUGUAUUCUUUGAUUCGCAAGCUUGAUAAAGCCAUAGAAUAUCAGCAUGGUCUGACAACUAUCAGAAGUUGGUGACAGUGCCAGCUCAUUGUAGAAUCACCCUCAUUGUUAACCAUUCUUGGCAAUCUUAAUGUUUGCAAAAUUAAACUCACUUCACUUCAUAUGUCAUUAUCAUACAAAUGUUUGCCAGUGAUGGAUUUAGGGCUUGUGUUCUGAUUUUGGUAUCUUGGAUGUACCCCUUUAAUAAAUAAAUAGAAAACUGCUCUCAAAAGGAAAAGCAAUACCAAUAUUUAUUUUUCAAUUUUCGUAACAGCCACAUUGAGUAAAUUAUAUUUUGCUUCUAUUAUGUAGAACAUAUUUUACAUAGCUUGCCACAGCAUUAGUAAAGACCAAGUGUCUAACAUGUAAAAAAUUUGGUUAGAAGGAUUACAACUGGACUUUGCUGAAGAGUGAAGUUAAAGAAAUGCAAAUUUUCAUCUACAAAGAUAGACUAUAAAAAGACCAUAAAAACUUGGGCAUUCUUUUCUUAUGUUAGGCCAGUAAAAAAAUGAAGACAUUUGGGAAAAUAAUACUAAACCAAAGGAUCACUCUUUUGGUCUUCAGUAAUCAACUGGAAAGAAAAAAUGCAGUUUCUGAAGUAGUCUCCCUGAUUCAUCAUUGGCUACAUGAAAAGGACAGUUUUUAAUUCAUUAUUUUUGUCACCCAUUUAUAAGAAUCAUUUUUGCUUUGAGAUUUCUUUGUUUCUGUUUACCGUAUUGUACAGGCACCUUCUCCAUGAGUAUUGGUGAGCCAACUAUUUAUUACUGUUAUACCAUUUAUCAGAUGUAAAUUAGUUAUGGAAAAUGAACCAAAAUCAGAGAUGGGAAGUACUGCCAUUCUAGAUUUCAAGAUUGUUCUUUUCUUACGAAUUUAAAUAUCCAAGUUAUUGAUUAAUGUAACCUCUAAAACAAUGACCCUAAAAGUACUGGCUAUCUUGAGCAGUACUUUUUUCAGGAGUACCAGAAGAUAGAAGGCACUACUAGAUAGUACCAAUGGUAUUUUUAGCUGCAUUCAUGGUUCUGCCGUUUAUUUUGGAGGAUCAGAACCAUGAAAUGUUUUGCAGGUUGCCUUGGAGCUAAGCAGCUACAGCGGUCUCAAUUUCUUAGUAUGUAAAUCUCUAGGUGGAGAAUAUUAGUCUAAUAAUGAUAAUGGUGAUACUUCCUGCCACUAAUAAUCAGUCAUUAGAUUUAGUAUCAGGUCUCUGGUUAUGUGAUAAUGGAUGUAGGUAUACUCAACUAUUUUCACAAAAGAAUUUUGGUUGCAUUUUUUUACUUGUAGCAUUCUGUUCACAUUCCUCUAUUUCCAGUAAAUACUGUUUAUCAAUAGUUAUGAUAAGAUAAAUCUGUAUUGUUGGUCUUGGAACAGAUGUACUAUGAAAACCAGUUUACACGUGUAUUUAGCUAAUGGCUUCAAGACUGAUGUGGAAAUUGCCUGUGAAAUGUCUUCAUUGUCAAUGAAAUUCUUUUUCAUAAUCUAGUAAACAAAGAUGUUUA